AUGUUCAAGAUCGCAGAGGCUCUGAACAUGGACGUUGAUGACCUUCGAAUGCGGAACUUGUACGAAGUCGGUCAGCGAACACCUUUCCUGCAGGAGAUCACAGAUGAUUUCCAUGUUCCUACCAUGAUGGAGCAGCUGAGUUCGUCUUCCGAGUUUGAGAAGCGCAAGUCUGCCAUCAAAGAGUUCAACGCCAAGAAUCGCUUCAAAAAGCGAGGCAUCUCUAGAAUUCCAACCAAGUUUGGCCUAAGUUUCGCAACUGCCCUUCAUCUCAACCAAGCAGCAGCCUACGUCAAGAUCUACGAAGACGGCUCCGUCCUUCUCCACCACGGCGGCACAGAAAUGGGUCAAGGUCUCUACACCAAAAUGACCCAAGUCGCCGCCGAAGAGCUCAACGUGAGCGUCGAUUCAAUCUACAACAAAGAGUCCCAAUCUGAUCAAGUCGCCAAUGCUUCACCUACCGCUGCAUCAUCUGGUAGCGACAUCAACGGCCAAGCUGUGAAGAAUGCAUGUGAUCAGAUCAAUGAGAGGCUGAAGCCGUAUAGGGAGAAGUUUGGUAAGGAUGCUAGUAUGGCGGUUAUUGCGCAUGCGGCGUAUAGGGAUAGAGUUAAUCUGGCGGCCAACGGGUUUUGGAAGAUGCCGAGAAUUGGGUAUGAGUGGGGAAAUUGGAAGGAUCCUUUGCCUAUGGCUAUAUCUGAGGUAGAGCUGGAUACUCUUACGGGAGACUCGACAGUAUUGAGAACCGAUCUAAUGAUGGACAUCGGGCGAUCCAUUAACCCAGCAAUGGACUAUGGUCAAAUCGAGGGCGCUUUCGUCCAAGGCCAAGGCCUCUUCACAAUGGAAGAAUCCCUCUGGAUGAAAUCCGGCGAAAUCUUCACCAAAGGCCCAGGAACAUACAAAAUCCCCGGCUUCUCCGACAUCCCCCAAGUCUUCAACGUAAACACCCUCCAACACGACUCCCAAGGCAACCCCAUCAAUUGGUCAAAACUAGGCUCCAUCCAAAGCAGCAAGGGUGUAGGCGAACCCCCUCUAUUCCUGGGCUGUGCGGUGUUCUUCGCUUUGAGAGAAGCAGUCAAAUCUGCGAGGGAGAUGAAUGGUGUUGAUGAGCCUUUGGUGCUGGAUGCGCCGUGUACGGCGGAGAAGCUGAGGUUAGCUGUUGCGGAUGAUCUUGUGAGGAGGGCAGUUGUUGAGAAGAAGGAUGAUGAGCAACAGUUCUUUAUCAGGAUUGAGUCUUGA